UUUUUUUUUUUUUUUUUUUUUUUCGGACCUAGACAAUGCGUGUAUAUCUCCCGAUACUGGGAAUUGGGCUGCUCGGUCUCAGCACCGUUGUGAGAGCUGAUAUCGAUGCCGAUGUUUGCCCUGUCGACGAUAUCUGCGAGCUACAGAGCUCCCUGGUGGAUUUGAUGCUGGAAAUUCCAGAUAUCAGGGAAUUCUGUCAGCAGUUGGACCCCGAGGAUGAAUCCAUUGCCCCCGUUACUGUGAUCGUCACCGAACUCGUCCACCCUUCGACUACCGUGGAUACCAUUUAUCACACAUUUACGCGCACAGUUCAGAAAUACGUAACCACGCCGGUCACUGUCUCCAAGUCCAUUGGCAUUACCGUGACAGAUACAAGUUCUUCAAUUGCCGUUCAAACUGUGGACGUGACUACGCAACUCACAGAUGUGAAGACCACAACCCUGACCGCGACCCAAACCUUUACCAACACCGUGUUGGCCACAACCACGGAUACGGUGGUCAUAACCGAUAUCAAUACUUCCACUGUAUACACCACGGCGACUGUGACAGUAACAGCGCAGGCUACCUCGAAUUCAGCCAAGAGAGAUAGCAAGGACGUCCCAGAACCAUUGCGACAGUAUAGUGUCCAAGACCUGCAGGAAGCAUGCUCAUGCCUACCGGUCUCAACGGUAUCUACCACGGUAACAAUUCCUCAGCCCACACAGACCCGAACCGUUGUCAUUCCAACCACAGUGACGGAAACCGAUACUGCGGCAAUCACCAGCGUGGUCGUAGAUACUAUCUUCCAUACAGCUACGACGGAUGUCAUCACGGUCAUCACGGUGUCAUCCACCGAGACCAUUACGGCGACCACCACGAUUCAGACGACAGUUAGUACGACUGUCGACCAGACGGUGGAUAUCACGCUGACCGAGACCGCAACCGCCACAAUCACUGACAAUGAAUCGGCAACUGUGACGGAGGCCGUAACGGUCACCGUCACGGCUACUCCAACCGCAACAUGCGGCGUCAAUCUGAUCCAAAACCCGGUUUUCCAGAGCUUGACCCUGCCUCCCUGGACCAAAACCGUCACCGGCACGUUUAAUCAAAUGUACAACAGUAACUGUGGCGUUAGUCCUUAUUGCCUCCUUAUCUACGGUCCGGGGGCCGGAUCGUUUUCUCUUUCCCAGACAAUCGACACUGUGGCCGGACAGCAAUAUACAAUGUCUUUCGACUACCACACAUGGGCGGUUCCCUCAGCUGGAACCACAUUUACUUGCCAAGUUAGCAACGCCGAUAGUACCACCUGGUCUAUCCCACUGUCCGUUUCUACGUCUGCCUGGCACACAUUUAGCGGCACUUUUGUGGCCAGUGGUGCCUCGACUACGUUCACAUGUGCCGGUUCCACAGCAUCGUCCCUGGUGCUGAAUUUGUCUGUUUUCGACAUUCAAUGUUAGAUGUCUCCCCUAUAUGGGUUCAUUGGAUAGAAUAGCCUCUAUAUAUAAUUACUGUCAUCAUUCACCUGAAC